AUGCAAGCGACUUACAGAAUGAAAGGAGUUAACGAGCGCGAACGAGGCAACGCUUUGUACAAGAGAGGUCACCUGACUGAAGCUAUCAAAGCUUACCAAGAAGCCGCCCGUCGUGCCGAACCUGACGACUAUCUACCAUGGUCCAAUCUCUCGGCAGCUUACUAUGAGGUUGGGAGCUUCCACGAGUCUAUCCAAUGUGCACAGCGAGCAUUGGCCAUUUGUCAGCACCACGGCCAUGAAAAUGGCAUCUCCAGUACAACCAUAGAGCUGAAAAUCCUUCCUCGAAUAUUUCGAGGCUAUCUUCAUACUCACCAAUACGAUGCUGCAAGGCAAUGGCUACAUCGACUAGCAGACAUACAAAGCCCAUCCUCGGUUGACGAUCUUCGUCAGUAUGAGGCAGCUUUGGACCAUGCGGAGUCAGUAUGGCAAGCUUUCCCGGACGAAGAGGCGUAUGGUCUGCGACUGUUAGCCGAGUUGCCACGCUCUCAACCAGCCUUGCUACAAACAAACGGCAGACCGGAAUCGAGCAAGAAUGUCAAUCUUGAUCAUGUCACUGCCUUGGUCGACUUUACAGUUCAUUUCAACGUCGACAGAGAUUUCUCGGUGUUUCUCGGAGGCAUCGGAGAUGCCCGUCACUUCUAUGCUCAGCUCGCCAUUCUCGGCGUCACAGAACGGAUGGUUAUGCAUUCUACAUCGCCCCUGAAAAGAAAAUACCGAUUCACUCUGAAUGAUCGCAAUAGUGUGGCCAUUGCACGAAACCUCGUUCUUCUUGUUCUAUUGGACGAGUUGGCAUGUCUGACUGAAAUUUCACAAGCCGAAAGGACUGAAAUCUAUACGACAAUCUAUUUUAUAUUCGCCGGUGUGAUCAUGCCGCGCUAUGCCUCGGACCGAUUUAUUAACACCGUCGAUUCCAUCGUUGGUCGAUUGAGAAACAAUGAGCCGAUACUCCCAUGGUUGCAGAUCCAUGAUUCGGAUAAUUUGCGACUGAUUGGUGCUCUGGAGUCGUGGCUGGAUAUCGAACCGAAUAAUCGACUUUCUACGAGCAAUGUCUUAGACGGAACGGUGCAGAGUCUACAUGAUACCAGGAUGUCAAACAAAAGUGGAUGUGACUUCGAUAGCAUUCCAAAAGCGCCACCAGGUUGUCAAAAAGAGUUUGAGACAUACUUUAACCUCCCACUGUUGCAAGCUCCACGAAGUGUCAUGAGGGAGCACGAGCCUGAGCUUCUUCAACUCAUAGAAAUGAAUGCCCCACUCGAAAAUAUACGAACUUACGUGGCCGGCAAUUGGUGUGUCAACCCGACUCCAGUUGUGACUGGACAGACGAAUGGGUCUAAUCCAUUCGACGUCUGUCGAGCGCUCUACAACAUAGUCUCUAUGCAGGAAAGAGGAGGUCCUAAGAAGACCAAAUUGUUUGAUUAUGCUUCGUCUUUCUUUCAGAUGGUGGUAGUCGCUCUUCGAAAGAUUCGUGGCCGGCUGAGCGCUGAGUAUGUCCUCAAUGAUGCUUUAGUGGCCAUUGAUGGUAUACGGUGUAAUCUGGAACAAGACCGAAAUAGUGCAAUACCGGCUGGUUAUGAUCUGAUUCAUUUGUUCGGUUCUUGCGAUGUUCCGACGGUCAUCAGUGCAAGUAAGAUUCUUAACGAAUCUCAAGCCGCAAGACUUAUGAUCAGUGCACGAAAUUCCGACUUUGACCUUGGGGAACGUGACUCUUUUGCUACGAAUGACUCGGUAACACUUCAUAAAGUCACUCAGAUGCAAAUGAUUCCAAAGAAGAGUCAAUAUGGUUCUUCCCACCCACUAUCAAACGAGUAUUUACUAGAGAUGAGACGCGAAAGGCUGGCGCCGUUUCCAUACGAACACUUGCUUUCGCGUGCAGAGCUCUCUCGCUUCUUGUUCUCUGAAUUCUACAGUCUGGCUUGGCCAUUCAGAGGCAAUUCAACAUCCGCUUCUGCUGGCCUAACCUAUUUCUUCGAUUUGCUGAUUCAUUUGCACUCAAUCGGCUACCCAGCCCAUUGGAUAGCAGAUGCACUCGCAAAGAUACUAGGAGACGGAAUCAAUGCUUCCCCGUCACCACCCAGGACGCCAGACGAGGCCACCCCACGGAACCACCUGUGCACCAGCGCGGCAAUAAGAGGUGCGCACGGUAGUAUAGCACCGUUUCUUGCCGAAACUUCGACACUGGCCAGCAUGUUUCAGCGUCUCUUACCUUUCAAUCCGAUCGUUACUCUCCCUCCGCUCAAUACGAUUUACCAGUACGGUAUAGGUUUCAAGCCCGACAAUGCCUAUCUGCCUCAAAAACCAAUGGCAUUGAUGAUCUACAACCCGGACGCCUACAUACCCAUGACAAGUCUCUCCUUUCCCGAAGAAGGCUGUAUCAUUAUAUCAAUAUUCACAUAUACAUACAGUGGGAAUGGCUAUGCCCGCAUCGACUUUUGGAUGAGAGAAGACAUAAUGACUCAGCUCCAAUCCUCAUCAAAUGAGACAUGGCACUGCGAUAUUUUUCGUGCAACAGAUCCUUCUCACCACAACAGCGACGACGAAGUAUGGAAACCAUACAUCGAACAAUCUGUGUCAAUCGACAGUAUCGUUAAAGGCGAACAAUGGAUAUCAGCCCCGUCAUUUUUUACACAUGACGGCGGUGUUGAUGCUGAUGAAGCCAUGGCGUUAGAUGCUUAG